CGAUCGUGAGCAGGAUUCUCGACGCCAGACCCUGAAGAUGAAGAUGUGAUACACGCUCGAAUUGUAAAAAAAGAUGAAGAUGUAGAUGAUAUUCUCUUUUCCCAGUUGCAUUUGGAGGUUCGCGACCGACAAUUUCUUGAUCUCAAAGUAGUGCGUACGCCAGAUGGCUCCACUGUACGAAUUUCUUUUGCCUUCAACGAGCGAUCUCCUCCUCCUGAUGAGAAAGGAUUUUACCAGCUGUCAGUGCCUAAACUGAAAAAGCACACGAAAUCUCCCUCUUUUUUCUUCCAUUUACAGAUCGGCUUUUUUCUCGUUCUCCUAGCAUCCUGAAGAUAGUACUUACAACUAUUUUCUUUACCUUUACGUUUACCUUUACUGUAAUUUCAUUCUGGGCCAAGACCAAGUGAAAGCCAAGGAGCGGAAGUAGAUAUUUAUAAACCUGUUUUGCUCUGGCUCUCUUUUUGGGAGGACGAAAAAAUGAACGAUUUCAUCCAGAAGACGAGGAAAAACCCGCUGCCGCUGUUCUGUAUUCUUUAUGGCGGUUAUUUCCUGCUUUCGGGUGUAAGUCACCUCGGAGGGUUCACCGAGUAUGUGCCACUGGACCAGUAUCGCAUGCUCAUCAAGCUAGUCAGUCUCGCGUUCGCAGUGCUCUUCUACUACUCGAAGAACGACAAGAAAAACGACCAGAGCAAUUCUGGUGCAGGUCCACGAAAUAUCAAACCCACUUCGAAUGCUGUCAGGAGCGACGAGAUCAAGACCACGUCGCCACGAAAAGAUUCUGGUGCUGAUUCAGAAGCGAUUGGGCAGAAGAAAAGAAAGAAGAAAAUCUCGUCGAAGUCUGACGCAGAAGAAGUUGAAGAAGCAGGUGCCGGCGGCACUGGUACCGACGCCGCAGAGGACGGUGAAGAAGUCAAAAAAACGAAAUAA